GUGUCCCCCGCCACCGUGCGCCCAGCCUGCGCUGCGGCUACUGCUAGGCUAACGGGCUUCGAGCUGCGUCUGUCUGUCCGUCCUGAUCUGAGGCCUCCCCAGCGCGUGGUUUCUGCUGCAGAACCUGAGAUCAUGGCCAAAAUAGCACAGGGUGCCAUGUACCGAGGCUCCGUCCAUGACUUCCCAGAAUUUGAUGCGAAUCAGGAUGCUGAGGCUUUGUACACAGCCAUGAAGGGCUUCGGCAGCGACAAGGAGUCCAUACUGGAGCUGAUCACCUCCCGCAGCAACAAGCAGAGGCAGGAGAUUUGCCAGAGUUACAAGUCCCUCUAUGGCAAGGACCUCAUCGCAGACUUGAAGUAUGAGUUGACAGGAAAGUUUGAGCGGCUGAUAGUGAACCUGAUGAGGCCACUUGCCUAUUGUGACGCCAAAGAGAUUAAAGACGCCAUCUCGGGCAUUGGCACAGAUGAGAAGUGCCUCAUUGAAAUUUUGGCUUCCCGGACCAAUGAGCAGAUGCACCAGCUGGUGGCCGCAUACAAAGACGCCUAUGAGCGAGACCUGGAGUCUGACAUCAUUGGAGACACUUCCGGCCACUUCCAGAAGAUGCUGGUGGUACUGCUCCAGGGAACCCGGGAGAAUGAUGAUGUUGUGAGUGAGGACUUGGUCCAGCAGGAUGUCCAGGACCUGUAUGAGGCAGGAGAACUGAAAUGGGGAACAGAUGAGGCCCAGUUUAUCUAUAUCUUGGGAAACCGUAGCAAACAGCACCUACGAUUGGUGUUUGAUGAGUAUCUGAAGACCACGGGGAAGCCCAUUGAAGCCAGUAUCAGAGGGGAGCUGUCUGGAGACUUUGAGAAGCUGAUGUUGGCUGUGGUGAAGUGCAUCCGAAGUACCCCAGAGUAUUUUGCUGAAAGGUUGUUCAAAGCCAUGAAGGGCCUGGGGACUCGAGACAACACUCUCAUCCGCAUCAUGGUCUCCAGGAGUGAGCUGGAUAUGCUUGACAUUCGGGAAAUCUUCCGGACCAAAUAUGAGAAGUCACUGUACAGCAUGAUUAAGAAUGACACCUCUGGUGAAUACAAGAAGGCUCUGCUGAAGCUGUGUGGAGGAGACGAUGAUGCCGCUGGCCAGUUCUUCCCGGAGGCAGCACAGGUGGCCUAUCAGAUGUGGGAACUUAGUGCAGUUUCCCGAGUCGAGCUGAAGGGUACUGUGUGUGCAGCCAAUGAUUUCAACCCUGAUGCUGAUGCCAAGGCCCUGCGGAAAGCCAUGAAGGGAAUUGGAACUGAUGAAGCCACCAUCAUCGACAUUAUCACACACCGGAGCAACGCCCAGCGGCAGCAGAUCCGACAGACCUUCAAAUCUCACUUUGGCCGGGAUCUAAUGGCUGACCUGAAGUCCGAGAUCUCGGGAGACCUGGCAAGGCUGAUUCUGGGGCUCAUGAUGCCACCAGCCCAUUACGAUGCUAAGCAGCUGAAGAAAGCUAUGGAGGGAGCCGGCACCGAUGAGAAGGCUCUUAUAGAAAUCCUGGCCACUCGAACCAAUGCUGAAAUCCGGGCCAUCAACGAGGCCUACAAGGAGGAUUAUCACAAGUCCCUGGAGGAUGCCCUGAGCUCAGACACAUCUGGCCACUUCAGAAGGAUUCUCAUUUCUCUGGCCACAGGGAAUCGAGAAGAAGGAGGAGAAAACCGGGAGCAGGCCCAGGAAGAUGCCCAGGAAAUAGCGGACACCCCCAGCGGAGACAAAACUUCCUUAGAGACGCGCUUCAUGACCGUCCUGUGCACCCGUAGCUAUCCCCACCUGCGCAGAGUCUUCCAGGAGUUCAUCAAGAUGACCAACUAUGACAUAGAGCACGUCAUCAAGAAGGAAAUGUCUGGGGACGUCAAGGAUGCAUUUGUGGCCAUUGUUCAGAGUGUCAAGAACAAGCCUCUCUUCUUUGCCGACAAAUUAUACAAGUCCAUGAAGGGUGCUGGCACAGAUGAGAAGACCCUCACCAGGGUGAUGGUAUCCCGGAGUGAGAUAGAUCUGCUCAACAUCCGGAGGGAAUUCAUUGAGAAGUAUGACAAGUCUCUACACCAAGCCAUUGAAGGUGACACCUCUGGAGACUUCAUGAGGGCUUUGCUAGCUCUCUGUGGCGGAGAAGACUAAAGCUCCCACCCUUGGAUGGCCCCCCCUUGCCAAGCAGUGGCCAACUGCACCAGCCACCGUGACCUGACCAAGCCAUUGCUUCAGCUUCAGAGACUAAGGAAGAAGCAACGGGUGGAGUUGGACUGUCAUCCAGCUGGGGUGCUCUCUAGCCAUUGAGGGUCCCAGGUGGUCCCUUCUGUUAUCCCUCCCACUCAUGGCAAAGUGGCUGGUGAACCACAGCCAUAGAUUGCAUUCAAUCCUGCUCCCCUUCUGUCUCCUCCUCCGCCCGCCCUAGCUUCCAUCCCUCCACAUAAUCCCUGCCUGACUUGAGCUUUAUCACAUCUCAAAACAUACCAAACCUCUAGUCUAUGAAAUGAGUAAUGUGUAUACAUUGGAGGGUGGGCUGUGUGAUACCCAAUGCCAGGCGAGCAUUCUGGAAUAAUAGAGAUGAUAGAUUAGUUUGA